AUGGAGGACAUUGCGCUGGGACGAUCGGCGACCCUGCCGCAGCCGCAGGCCGAGGAGGAGAUUUGCAUCGAGAUCAGGGACGCCGUGAAGAUAUAUGACAGGAACAACGUGGUGUUCAGGGGUUUGAACAUGACCGUGCCCAAGGGUAAAAUUUAUGGACUUUUGGGACCAAGUGGAUGUGGUAAAACAACGCUUUUAAGCUGCAUAGUCGGUAGAAGUGAAUUGGACUCUGGUCAUAUAAUGGUGAAGGCGUUUAAAAGAGAAGAUAUCGGAUAUAUGCCACAAGAUUUAAAUUUACAUGAACAUUUAACAAUAGCACAAACGUAUAAGUUCUAUGGUGGUAUGCUUAACAUGGAUAAAGAACAAAUCGCAAAAAGGACCAAAGAAUUAUCGUUACUAUUAGAACUUCCAUCUGAUAAUAGAUUAGUUGAAACACUUAGUGGUGGACAACAAAGAAGAGUGUCAUUAGGAGUUGCCCUUUUGCAUAAUCCAAAUAUUUUAAUAUUAGAUGAACCUACUGUCGGAUUAGAUCCAGUUCUAAGUCAUAGUAUAUGGAACCAUUUGGUAUCAUUUGCUGAAAGAGGAAAAACAAUAAUCAUCACGACACAUUAUAUUGAAGAAGCGAGGCAGGCUCAUACAAUCGGAAUGAUGAGAGGGGGAAUUUUAUUGGCUGAAGAUUCACCAGAAACUUUAAUGGCACGGUGUAAUACAGCUACUUUAGAAGAAGCCUUCUUGACACUAAGUUAUAAACAAGAAACAUCUUCCAAUACCCAGGUUGAUGAUUCAUUCAAAAAGUUAGCUGCCAAAAAAUGCAGCAUAAAAUUAAAAUUAAAUGAUGGGGUCUUCCGAUUUAACCGAAUGAAUUGCCUCUUAUACAAAAAUGUAUCGUUGCUUCUUCAGCAAAAGAUGUUUUUACUUUUUCUUUUUCUACUGCCUCUAGUGCAAACUUAUUUUUUUAACCUAGCAAUUGGACAUGAUCCCAAAGGGCUGUACAUUGCGGUGGUGAAUAAAGAAAUGCAACAAAGACAACCCGGGGAAUGUAAACCUGAAUACUACAAAGGAUGUUUCCUCGAUAAUCCAGAUGACGUAUUAAUGAGUUGUGCAUAUGUCGAUCAAAUGAAAACUAAAUCAAUGAAUAUUUUACAUUACGACGAUGUCGAUACUGCUUUAAAAGCAGUAAGGAAGAACGAUGCUUGGGGAUUACUAUAUUUCCCUACUAAUUAUACAACAUCCAUGGCUGUACGUUUCGUAAACGCCUCUAGGACUUCAGACUUAGACGUAGAACUAAGUACUGUACAGGCUUGGAUAGACUUGUCUGAUCAAUACAUUGGGAAUAUGGUAAAAGCAAACGUUAUUUUUGGUAUGCAAGAGUACUUGGGUGUAGCAUUGGCUAAAUGUAAUGUUAGCACUAAAAUUGGAAACACUCCUAUAUCGUUUAGAGAACCAGUAUAUGGCUCGGUAAAUACAACUUUCAUUCACUACGCUUCGGCAGCCAUACUAUGUCUGUGUUGUUACUAUUUGCCGGUACUGUUGACAGCGGGUUUGAUUUUAACAGAGAAAAAAGAGGGCAUGAUGGAAAGGAUGAUGGUUUCUGGUAUUAAAUUCUCUGAAGUUUUAGUGUCUACAGUCAUAAUGCAAAUGAUAAUACACGCUAUACAAACGGCCAUAUCAAUGUAUGUGAUGUACAUAUACUUCGACAAUCCUUAUAUUGGAGAUCAUUUUCCCACAGUUCUUAUACUCAUACUCCUAGGAAUGGAAGGAAUGAUUUUCGGUUUCUUUAUUGGUGCCAUAUGCAAAGAUUUCAUAUUUGCCACGUACUUAGGCACUGGCAGUAACAUAAUGAUGUCUUUCACUUGCGGAUUGAUAUGGCCUUUGGAAGGUGCACAUUACCUACUGAAAUUAACUGGUCCUCUGUUUCCAUUGACUGCACCGGUCAAGGCUUUGCUGGCCGUAACUGCUAAGGGCUGGUCCUUCGACUCUGAGCCUGUCUACUUGGGAUUCCUAUCCAUAUUUGGCUGGUCAAGUAUUAUGAUCUUAGGCAUAUUCAUCACUAGCAGAAUAAACAAAGAUCUAUGGAUCUUGAGAAAAUAG